GAUAGAAAUCUUCACAAAGAAGGAAGAAGACAGAAAACAAAGCAGCAGAAUGUGACAUCACCCCAGAAUAACAAGGCCAGAGACACACCAAGCCCACGGUCGGCCAUCGGCCACUGUCGGGCCAUCGAAUCAAGCAGCAUGUCAUCAACCGCCAUCAGUCCCAUAAGACACUGGGCAACUGGAGCGUCAAUGGCCAAGGACACAGAUAAUUCAAGUACAAGCAGUGUGGAGGUGAAGGAGAAUCAGAAUGAUAAACUCCACGUGGACUGUGACCUACUACUAAAGUAUCAUCCAUCAGCUUUUUGCACAACUUUCCCCAGACACAGACCAAGAGCCCUGAAGAGGAAGCAGCCCCUGGUGGAUGGAAAAGACCAGCGGCUCUACCAGAGCCACCUGACCUGUAAAAGGGCCACCUGGGCUGUCACUCAGAAGAAUGCGCUGGUGCAGCUGAACGAGCUGCAGCCAGGGCUGCACUAUGAGAUCAUGUCAAAGACUGGCCCCCUGCACGCUCCGGUGUUUUCUGUAGGUGUGGAGGUAAAUGGUCUCCACUUUGAGGGUCGCGGGCCAACGAAGAAGCAGGCUAAGAUGAGAGCUGCAGAGUUGGCUCUCCGGUCAUUCAUCCAGUUCCCCAAUUCCUCCCAGGCUCAUGCUAUCACGGGGAACUUCCCCAGCACACCUACAGACUUCACAGCAGAUAAACUGGACAUCCCCAAUGCAUUCCUCAAAGAGUGUGAGUCGUCACUGUGUGAAAACUGUGAUCUCUUGCACUGCAACACAGCAAAACGAGAGGUGUUUUACAGCAUUUACAAGCAUAGACGACUCGUUCGACUCACACUGGACUUGAUCUCCUCAACAAGUGAAAAAAGACGAGCCCUCAGCUCCUCCCUGUUAGAGCACCUCAGUCCAGUGGCGCUGCUCAGCAGGCUUCGACCGGGACUCAGGUACAUAUGCCUGACAGAGCGAAUUCCUGGCCGGCCCAUGAGGAGCUUCGUUAUGGUGGUGAGGGUGGAGGGCAGGGUGUUUGAAGGCUGUGGGCACAGUAAAAGACUGGCGAAGGCGCAGGCAGCAGCAGCCGCCCUGCAGUCUCUUUACUGUACAAGUCUGGGACCAGAGAGGAAGGUGAUGGGCCUCCAGGGCAGCAGAGCCACAGAUCAGCUACCUCAGUUCUUCGCGGAGGCGAUCUUCCACCUGGUGAGAGAGAAGUUCACUGAGCUGACAGACCGUUGUUUCUCUACCUCACACACCCGUCACAAAGUCCUGGCUGGGAUCGUAAUGACCAGAGGGUUUGACCUGAGAUCAGCCCAGGUUGUGUCUCUGGCCACAGGGACUAAAUGUCUAGACUCAGACAACGUGAGUGACCAUGGGUUAACGCUGAAUGACUGCCAUGCUGAAGUCAUCAGCAGAAGGGCGUUCGUUCGAUUCCUGUAUGCGCAGCUGGAGCUGCUGCUCUGUAAGUCAGCAGAUGAUGAGGAACAGUCAAUCUUUGUACCAAAUAAAGGCGGCAGUGGCUUCUGGCUGCGGGAUGGCGUCCUCUUCCACAUGUACGUCGGCUCGUCCCCGUGCGGAGACGCUCGCCUCAACUGCCCGUAUGAGACCACGGCUGCAUAUCCCAGCAGGAGGUUUCGCUGUCACCUCAGGGUGAAGGUAAACGGAGGUGAGGGCACGCUGCCUGUCACAGCACCGAGGGCCAAUCAGAGAUGGGAAGGCGUUUCACUGGGUAAACCUUUUGUCAGCAUGUCCUGCACUGACAAAAUGGCAAAGUGGAGCGUCAUGGGCCUCCAGGGGGCCCUCCUGUCCCACCUGGUGGAGCCGGUUUACCUGCACAGCCUGACGGUGGGGACGCUGAGCCAUACAGGUCAUCUGGGCAGAGCCAUGGCACGCCGCCUCGCACACAUCAAGCACCUGCCCUUCCCCUACCGACGACGGCAGCUGCUGCUCGGCUGUCUGAGCAGCAGUGAAGUUCGGCCAGCAGGCAAGGCCCCAAAUGUGAGCGUGAACUGGAGCUGUGGGGACGGAGGCUUGGAGGAGAUCAGCGCCUCCACAGGACGGAGGAAGGAAUCAGGAACUCAAUCACGGCUCUGCAGGCGCUCCCUGUUCGCUCGCUGGCAGAGGCUGCAGCAGCAGAUAUCAGGUGCAGAAGCUACAACAAGGACUUAUUCUGGUUCCAAGAUGGCUGCUGGGCACUACCAGAGGGCGAUGCAGCAGUUUACCAGUGCUCUGCAGGGUGGUGGUCUGGGAAUGUGGCUCAGAAAACCUCCAGAGCUGAGUUACUUCGACAUCACUGUGUGAAACAUUGUGUUGAGUAUGGAGGGUUAGAGUGAACUUUGUGUUUUGCUUUGUGAGUUUGUGGAUGAGGCACAAGAAAUGUGAUACUAGUAGACAUAGUCAGGAAUUUCAUCUUUGUUUAUCUUAUAUGAAAAAUGAUUAACUAUGUUGGCCCAGUUAGACACAGCAUAGUAAAUAAUUCAUUAUGGAAAUCAUCAGCAGACACAUAGGUAAAUCAGAUUUAGGCAACAGUUGGAAUAGACUUCUUAUUGUUUAUUAGCUCAUGUAGCCUAAAGGCUGCUAACAUCACUACUGGAAGCUAAUGCUAGUUUAUCUGGCUAGCUUUAACCUUAGAGGAUGUAGUGAGACUUAAAACAAGCUUCACUCCUAACCUCUCCUUUCUCCUUCAAUUCCAUCCUCUUUCCUAAAGCUACAACUAAACUAUGGAUGUCUGGGUUCAACAGACUGUAAAAAAUGCAGGUUGCUAAUAUUACAGUACCAAAACGAACAGGUUAACUUUAGAUGC